AACGCCGUCUGGACCCCCAGACCAACCGCGUGUACUUUGUCAAUCACAACAACCACACCAGUCAGUGGGAGGAUCCUCGAGAACGCGGAAUGAAUGAAAGUCGUCCUCUUCCACCGGGUUGGGAGAAGCGUUACACCGCUGCCGGCCAGCGUUACUUCAUUGAUCAC